CCGCCCCUUUUUUAUACGGAGGCAAAGCAGCGCUGAACACGAGAGCGAAGGAGGGGAUCACUUACUUGGGGGCUCCAGUGUUUUGGUUUGUUAAAUACUAGGGGAACAAUCACCAGUUUGUCGCCUGUUUCUGGCUUAGCAAACGAUCCGACACCCAGUAGCAUUUUUUCCCGUACGUUAGAAGGGGUUUUAAAGCCUCUGCUUUUUCCUCUACCAAAAGGAUACCACACUAGCAGCUGUGGCCUGCUGCUACACCCUAGCUAAGCUAACGGUGGAUUAGCUCUGCUCCAGUUCUCUUGGAGUCGCCACCUCGAAGCAGAAGGAUAAUGAUACACCGUCCGAGUUAACAAAGGAGGCCCCACAAGGCAUGUGACCACUGUAAGGAAUGGGAUAUUUGAAUCACCUUUUCAUGAUGAGACCUUGUGUGGAUUAACGUCUCAACGAUGGAGUUGUACUGGUACAUAGUGGUCAUCAUAUUCAUCAUCAUCAAGAUCUUCUUCUAUGUCUGCUGGUACCGAUCAAGACAACGACAGCUGGCCGCUUACCUGAGCAAUCCCCGCAACGCGCAGAUCGUUAUUGUGGGAGGAAGGGCGUACCUCCACCAAGUGUGCGAGAGGCCGAGCCAGACCUCCAUCUGGCCCAGUUGGUACGGCGUCCAGGACGAGGUGUCCAUGGAGGAGCCCUCGGCCAACCAGCCCCCCGCCGCGGCCUUCUCUCAGCUGGACAUGCCCCCGCCCUACGAGGCUGUCUCUGGAGAAGAAGACCUGAAGCCCCCGUCCUACAGCGAGUGCGCCCGGGGCAGCGACGGCCUGCGCCCGACCUUCCACGUCCUCGACGAGGGCGCGGACGGCGUGAGCAUGAACGAGGCCCCGCCCCCUUACACACCCGGCCCCCCGGCACCAGCCAAUCAACAGGAAGCCCCCAGCAGACCGAGUCCGUAAGGCUCCAAUUGGAAGAAAAUAAAAAAACGGACCAAUGAUUUGACGCCGCGAUGCCUUCCCGAAACCCUGCCUUCUUCCUCACGUUCCGGUCAUCAGCGAUCGUCUCCAGCCUAGCUCUCGCCUCGCGUUCGGGUGAGCGAGGGCAGACGUCCAUGUGUGUGUCGUUUGUCUGUCGUUUGUGUCGAGGUGAACUGUGUGGUGUUUUUCCUUUGCUUUCUUCUACAUUUCUGUGUUGUGUGAAGGGGGUAAUCACUGAGGGCUUCAGUGAGUGCCCUCGUAACCCGCUGUCGUGUCGGGUGGGUUCCAAGGGGUUUCCAAGGGGGUGUACCCUUGGAAACGACAAAGCCACAAGAGAGACCCUUUUAGGUUUGUUGUUACAUCAUCAAAGUUCCCCUCCCCCCUCCUCCCUUACCCAAGCCGAAUUCCUCAUGACAACCGUCACAAAAUAAAACUAAGAGGAAGUCGUAGUCGUUGCCGGGGAAACCGGUAUUACGUCACCCCCAAACGUCAGCAGGGGGAGUCCGGAGUGACGGCCGCCAAUGAGGGUCUUUAGUGCCCGGGUCUUGGUCGAUUGCUUCUGUACACACGACCAUUAAUAAGACCCUGAUUAUCUUAACGGCUUCGGGGCGUAACCCAGCGUGAGUUGAGUUGGGGAAGUCACCUCUGGACGGACAUUUGUCGGCUGUCGACCUAAUUACGGUUUCAUUGGAAUGGAACAGAAUUAUGGUUCUUCUGAAUUAGGGCCUCAUGGUUUCAAUUUAAGAGCCUAUUUAAGGUCAAUGGAAGUGAAUAUGGUUGUUCUGAAUUAGCGUCUCAGCAUGGGGAUUUUGUAAUGGGUUAGGAUAUAUAUCUAUAUGUGUAUAUAUCUCAAAUACAGGGGCUAAAUUGAGUUUUGGAUCCAUCUAACGCAGUAUGUUUAUUUGAGGUGAACACGGUGUGGUUAUUUUUGAUCAUUGAACACGAUUGAGAAUAGGGUUGUUUUUCUUUCUUAUGAUUUAGGAUGAUGUGCAAUGAAGACUAACCAAAACAAAAGCUCUGUCCACAGAAAUCCCAUAGUCCUACACGCAACGUAACUAUGCUGUCACAAACUGGUGCAUACAGCCCUCUUUCUGUCCAUAUCUUUUAAAUGAAAAUUUGUUUUUUUUGGUUUGAGAAUGAGGUGGUGUCAUGUUUUUGUAUGACUUUCAGUUAAUCGUACGCGUAAACGGUGUCCCAAGUAAUCCCUUUUAAAAAGAAUGAGAAUGACUCUCUCUGUUCAUGUUUCUUGUAAAAACAAAAAAAUGCUGAAUUCAAAAUGUAAUAGCUAAUAGAGAUUGAUGACAAGAUAAAAAUGCCUUUCUGGCUUCCAGAUAAUCAUCCAUAGAGUUGUGAUGACAAAUCGUUACGUCUUUCGCGCACAUGCUGCAAACUUGUCAAACCGCACUUGCAUUUUAGAUCGGGUCAUGAAUAAUGUGUCACGCAUUUCUUGACAUUUUCUUAUUCGUCCAUAGUUUUCCAGCUGCAGUCUGGCCGGUGACCUAUAGAGGGAGCCACAACUUUGCGUCUUGGUAAUGUAGCUUUGAACUCAUUGAGCUAGCUUUGAACGACCAAUGAAUACGUUCAUGUAGGCCCUUUUGACUUCAUUUUCAUUCCCUUGGAUGUCUAUUCUUGUGAUUUAAAUCAGUCCUUUUUUUAUAUAGCUUGUUUGGGAUUCAUUAUUUGGGGACAGUGAUCCUGUAUUAAAAAACAUAUGCAAAUGCUA